AUGUAUGUUUCAGGAGGAAUUGUUAAAUCCAAGAGAAGCAAGCAUGAAGAAGCUGGAAGCAGUAAAAACUUAAUAGAGAAGUGUGAUGAUAAAUAUACCAAUAAGGACAAUACAAAGCCUCCUGAGCCAGCCAAAGAUUACAUUCAUGUUAGAGCUAGAAGGGGUCAGCCAGCAAAUAGCCACCGCCUCGCUGAAAGUGUAAGAAGAGAAAAGAUCAGCGAGAUGCUGACUUUACUUCAGGAUCUGGUUCGUGGUUCCAGCCGGAUAACAGGGAAAGCAGUUUCACUUGAUAAAAUCAUAAACUAUGUGCAGUCCUUAGAGAGACAAGUUGAGCUAUUGUACAUGAAGCUGGCUACAAUAAAUCCAAGGAUGAAGUCUAACCGUAAUGCUGCUUUAUCCAUAAAGAUAUGGAUAGUGGGAAAAUGA